CAAAUUAAACAUACAAUAUCACAUUGUCCAUUACUUUGUGAAGCCAACUCUCCCUGAAAAUAUUUGCAGACCAUAGCAUAUUCAUACAUUGCUCAUUUGAACUCAGGAAUCCAAGACAUGGCGAUGGUUAACCAAAAGCAAUCUCUUGAGGUACUUGAAGCUGAAGCUCACGUUUGGAAUCAGGUGUUCAACUAAGUAAACUCCAUGUCACUGAAAUGUGCAACUGAGCUUGGCAUCCCCGACGUCAUCCACAAGCAUGGCGGCCCGAUGACCCUGACUGAACUGCUAGAUGCUCUCCCGGCUGUCGACAAAGCCAAAGCCAAUUGCAUGUACCGUCUCAUGCGAAUCCUCGUGCAUUCUGGCUUCUUUGUAUUAGAAAAACUCAAUUCGUCUAAUGAGGAUGGCUAUUCGCUUACGCCUGCUUCACGUCUUUUGGUCGGAGAUCGCCCCAUGAGCAUGAAACCCUUUGUAAUUUCCCAAAUUGAUCCCAUCCUUAUUGAGUCGAUGCACCAUUUGAGUAGAUGGUUCCAAACUACUCAUGACCCCACACCGUUUCAUACCGCCAAUAACAGGACGUCAUUCUGGGAGAAGAAAGAGCGGAACUCGAGGUUUAGCCAUUUGUUUGAUCAAGGCAUGGAAAGUGAUACUCCAAUGGUGGCCAGCGUGAUUACUAGAGAUUGUAGGCAAGUGUUUGAGGGUUUGGAUUCCCUCGUGGAUGUAGGCGGAGGCACCGGAACUUUGGCCAAGGCCAUAGCCCAGGCGUUCCCGCAAAUUCAUUGUACAGUGCUUGAUCUACCACAUAUUGUGGCGGGAUUGGAGGGGAGAAAGAACUUGAAGUAUAUUGAGGGAAAUAUGUUCGACUAUAUUCCCCCAUCAGAUGCAGUUCUACUCAAGUGGGUACUUCAUGAUUGGAGCGAUGAGGAAAGUGUUGAGAUACUGAAGAAAUGUAAAGAAGCAAUAACUAGCAAUGGAAAGAGAGGAAAGGUGAUACUGAUCGAGAUGGUGGUAGAUGAUGAGAGAAGCAACACUGAGUCAGUUGAAACUCAACUCCAAUUUGACAUGAUUAUGAUGACUUUACUUGGAGGAAAAGAAAGGAAAGAAAAAGAAUGGGCAAAUCUCUUUUCUGGUGCUGGCUUCCAAGGUUAUAGAAUUUAUCCUAUUUUGGGAUUGAGAUCUAUAAUCGAAAUAUAUCCUUAGAUCUAUUUUUAGUUCUGUUUACAGUUUGAUUGUUGUAACUAAAUUG